UCCUUUCACAUAGCGCACUACUUUACCUCUCACUAGUAAAAUUUCAGCAUAUCGGAUUCCUGUCGGAGGAGCUACGCCUUUUUACUUCAUAAAGGAUUGAGACUGUCCUUAACACAUAACCACUUACCUUUGGUACGCCGUUACUAUUAAUUGUUUUGACCCUUUUUGGUCAAUUAUCGCAUUUUAAACAAGUCAAUUCUUGUUUAAAAAAGCGUUUUUCAAGCUUAUACCUUGUCUCACACGCUCAAAUCUUAUAGUCGAUUUCUUCCUUGUGGAUUGAUUGUUCUGUUCAUCCUUCCUUGUUGUGAGUGUCUUCUAUUCUUAUUUGUUUUUUUUUAUAAACAUCUUUUCUUUUGUUAAAACUUUCCAAGUUGACAAUGGGUUUCAAAUGGAAUCCCUUCUCUAAAAGCAAGGAGCCCAAAGAGCCUCUCCCUCUUGAACAGUAUGAAGCAGCCGAACAAAAAAAGAUUUUUGGCUUGGUCAACAAGCAAGAGGCUAAGCUCCUCGCCAUUGCAGGUACCGGAUUCUUAUUGGAUAGUUAUGAUUUGUUCAUUAUUAAUCUGGUAACCCCUAUACUUUCUUAUUUGUACUGGGGUGGAUUAGAAGGCCAUGAGGAUUACCCAUCGGGGAUUCGCGGUCUUGUAAAUGCUGGUACGAACAUCGGAAACAUUAUGGGACAGCUCAUUUUCGGGUUUUUGGGAGACUUUUUUGGCCGCCAGUUCGUUUACGGUAAGGAGAUGAUGCUUGUUAUUAUUUCUACUAUACUUUUGAUUAGUCUUCCGGAUCGCCUUCCUACUCCUCUCGACAAGUCCAUGUGGCUUUUCACUUUCCGUGUGCUACUUGGUAUUGGUAUCGGUGGUGAUUAUCCCAUGUCCGCUUCCAUUACAUCUGAACAGUCUAUGAUUCAUCGCCGUGGUGCUUUGCUUUCUUGGAUUUUUUCAAAUCAAGGAUGGGGUACUCUUGUCGGUUGUAUCGCUACUUUAGUUAUUCUCGCGUGCUAUAGAACAUCUCUAGAGGUGCAUGGCGAUUAUCAUAAGUUAGAUGGUGUUUGGCGCAUUCAAUUCGGUAUUGCCUUGCUUCCCGCUUUCCUUGUGUUGAUUCCUCGUUUAAGGAUGAAAGAAUCUAAACAAUUCAAAGAUUCAAAGAAUGUUCAUGCUCUCAAUGAAGCAGAGACUAAUUCUCAAACGGAUGACUUAAAGAAGAACCAAGAAACAUUUACUUCUGCAGAUUUGCCACAACCCGUUGAUACUGCAAAGGCAACCGAAAAAACUUCCGGUUCUGUACAAGUUGAACCUCGUGACAACUCUUUCAUGGCUUCCAAAGAGCCUCCUUCUGAUAAAGCGGAACAACAGGAUCAGGAACAAGUGAAGUCUGGGUCCACUUUUGUCGCCUACUUCUCCGAGUGGAGACACUUGAGACUGUUGCUUGGUUCAGCUAUCUCCUGGUUCCUUUUAGACAUUGCGUUUUAUGGCGUCAACCUGAACCAGUCCGUUAUUCUAAAUGAGAUGGGCUUUAACAGCGGCAAAAAUCAAUACAGGAAACUACAGAGAAAUGCUAUCGGUAAUCUGAUUAUUGCCAUCGCUGGCUAUGUUCCUGGAUACUGGGCUACUGUAUUUUUAAUUGAAAAAAUGGGCCGUAAAUGGAUUCAAAUUCAAGGCUUUGCUAUUUGCUCUCUUUUAUUUGCCGUACUAGCCGGAAAAUGGCACACCAUCUCGACUGCUGGAAGAUUCGUUUGCAUUGCGCUUGCCCAGUUCUUCUUUAAUUUUGGGCCAAACACUACUACAUUUGUUUAUCCAGCUGAAGUGUUCCCCUCAAGAGUUCGUGCUUUCUCUCACGGAAUUUGUGCAGCAAGUGGCAAAGCCGGUGCAAUUCUUUCUGGUCUAUUGUUCAAUAAGUUGACUGAAGUAAUUGGUUUUGACAAGGUGUUGUGGAUUUUCUUUGCAUGUAUGAUUUUAGGUAUAAUUUUCAGUUUACUUCUACCCGAAACUGCUGGCCGUGAUGCGGAUUUGGUUGAUCGCCUUGAGAUUGUUGCCAUGCAACAAGGAAAAGAUUCCAUUAUUGACCGGAGCGAGAAAUGGGCUUGGUGGAAACAUGGUAUAUAAUCCGGCAUCGUGUUUUCCAAAUUCUGUUGACUACAAAGUUAGCAAUCGUUGAUAAUUGUUUGUUAUUGUUUGUUUUUAUUAGUAUUUUUAUCUGUUCAAAGUUUGAAGCUGACACUUCUGAAGUUAUGUAACUUUUGAGUAAUUUAAGCUGUUCUUUUGACUCUUCCAAUGUUUAUUCUUACUAUGUUUAAUUUUAUGUGUUAACAGGAUUGAUGUAUACGGCUGUUUUAUUGUUGAUGUUGUUUGAUCAAGAGAUUAGGCAAAUAGCGGGUUGCCAUGAAUCGGGGGUUCUUUCUGUGAUGUUUGACUAUUUGUUUUCUUUGAUAGUUCCAUCAAGAAGACAUAUGCAUUUCUACAUAUGUAUCGGUGGAAAAAAGAAACGAAACUUAAGCAUUGGUUUAAUUAAUAAAUAUUUAUUAAAGUUAUGUCUUCCA